CCUUAUUUAUUAAUUGAUAAUUAAUGGAAGAGGAGGAUCAUACAAUACAAUACAAGGAUUCAAAUUCGAAUUCAAUCCAGCACCAACAAGAUCCCUCUUUUCCAACAAACCCAUCAUCUCCCAUUCACCCCUUUAUUUGAAAGAAGGAAUAAUCAAAUGGGUGGUUGCGUUUUGAAGCUAGUAGACGCCGUUCUGUUUCUGUUCUUCCUCCUAAUAGCGGUGGUGGCUCCUCUGAUCGACGCUCAAACGUGUCUUCCUCUCUCUUACUUCCCCGACAUCCUCGUCCAGCUCAAGGAACAUUACACCAAAGACUACGGCGAUUACCUUGUCGCCGAAAAGCCGCACUUUUUCGUAGGCCUUGUUUGGCUCGAGCUUCUCUUCCAAUGGCCCCUUGCACUCCUCAGCCUCUACGCCAUUCUCACUUCCAAGCCUUGGUUCAACACCACUUGCUUGAUCUAUGGUGUCUCUGUCACUACCUCCAUGGUUGCUAUAUUAUCAGAAAUGAUGAAUUCCAAGAGGGCAUCUGAGAAGCUAUUGACAAUUUAUGCCUCUUUCCUGGGUUUGGGUGUACUGGCUUUGCUGCGAGGGUUGCUGACAUGUUCAUCCAAAUCAUCUUCAGCUCUAGGCAAAAGAUCUGCGUUGGCGAGGAAAAAGCGAGCUUGAAAUUGUGAGAUUGAAUCAAACAUGAGAAAAUGGAAAGAGGAGCAUAGUUAUAGUGUGACGGGAUGAAGCAUGCCAAGGUCCCCUCCGUUAACCAAAUUUUUGUAUUUAACUUAGUCCCCUUUGACAGAUUUUGUAUCACGAGAACAUCAAAUUCCAUCAGGUUGCAUAUUUGCUAUGAGAAGAAAUAAAAUGCUAGCUAGCUACUUGGAUUAGUUGGUGUUGGUGGCAACAGAUUCAGAUAUAAAAAGAUGAGACAAAGAGCAAACAAAUCAGAAAAAGAAUACAUAUAAAUAAAGUGAAUUCCCUGCAUAUUUGUGAUA